CAAACCCCAUAAUACAUUUGAGACCCGCAAAAAUUUUUCACAAUUAUAUCCAUAAUAAUGAUGUAAUAUCAUAUGUGUCAACUUUUAAUUGACUAAACAUAUAAUGAUAUAGGGCCUAACUUCUUUGCCAUAUCGAGAAUUUGUGAGUCUAAAAAUAUUAAUUGCUAGGGUGGGUUGGGUUAGUUGAGUUAAGUUGAGGUUCCCUGUUUUUUCUCCUCAGAAAAUGGCUGAAUCAGGCGGAUAUAGGUCAAUUGAUUACAGUAGUCAGGUAGGAGGAAGACUAGCAUAUUUCCCUGAUGAUUUCAAGGAAUAUGUGGACACUCAACUCAGCUGCUCUCCAGUGGAGGAUUAUGACAGAGAUUUCAUUGGAUGGGUUUUCCAGAGACGACACGAACCUGAACUUCCUCCGAUUCUCCUUCACUAUAUUUUGGAUUUAAACUACAAGAUCAAAGAUGUCCUUCGAAAGUAUUUACUCGAUUGCUAUGUACGAUUACAUCCAACACUAGUUCAAUUUUGGGCACCCACAAUGACAAUGGAGGGCAAGUCUUACCUUACAACUCAAAACCAACGUUUCGCUCUUGCUACACGUGUUAGAAGAAUUGGUGAUGUUAAAGGACUUUGUGGGUAUAGGAUGAUCUCUAAGGAUUAUAAAUUUUACAUGGAUAGAGAGAGUUCUGAUGAACAACUUGGGGUUCCUGGCCGUGUGUUCAAUCAUGGAUUGCCCGAAUCCACUCCCAACGUAGAAUAUUACUCUAUCAAAGAGUAUCCAUUGUGUUGCUUUACGUUGCCAAGUUGCACAAUCUUUGGCUAUCCCGGUGUUUUAUCCUUCUACCCGAAUAUGUGUUGGUGUACUUGA